AUGUUCACAGAGUUGCUGUUCUGCAAAUCAAAGGUUUUCGUUCAUUGUAGCUCGAAAGCCGAUGAUAACAUAGCUGGGUUUCUGCUCAUUACGAGGGAUGCGCAGCAGACGGCUCUGGAGGCUACUGUGACAUGGAUUCCAGAAAAAGAGUUAGAAAAGUCACAGAUUAAUGAGCUCAUGAAAGCAGAUUUGCAACGGGCUUCUGGCAGUAGCAAGUCCCGGGUCAAGAAGGAUAUCGUGUCGCAAGCCUUGUACGUUGCGUGGGCAUUUUCAAUCAAAGUGAGCACUAUCUAUUCUAUCCAGUUCAGACCACCAAGUCCGAGUGGCUGGUGGUUUGGGUCCGUUGCUAUUUACUCGAGAAAUCCUCAGGAACAAAACUCCAUUCCAAUUCUGUUCUUUCACGACAACAUCUGUCCAUCGACUCAGGAAAAGCAGAAACAGCUUUCAAAAUCGUUUGAUCCGUUCAGUGGAAGUGACAUUUAUUGGGGUGCCAACGACUUUCGUGAUGCGCUGUUGGAUAUUGCCGAUCUCAAACAAACUUUCGUCGAUCCUACUAUGUGGCUCAUCAAUGCGACGCUGGACGACCUUAGAAACUUUUCAGCGUCGGACUUGAAAGAAAAGACGCAAAACGUAACUGGAAACAAGUCUUCUUUUCAAGGGUCCUCGCUUUGGAGCAAAAUUGACGAGGCUAAAUGGAACGUUUUGUCGAAAUUUGCGGACCUUACCACCAAGUCCACCAAUCGCAUGGCGACCGUGUUCAGCCAACAUCCGUUUGUCAAAUUUGUUGACAAGCAUAACAAUAACCCUUAUGUGAAGCAAAUACUCACCAAUCCUAAGGUCCAGGAAAUUCAAGAUGACUUCGAUUCUGCUAAAAUUUAUCUCGCCAAGUGGGCAUUGGGCGUGAAAGAACAAGCAGAAAAGUAUCAAACGACGAAUGGCUUGGAUGAAACAUAUAGGCGUUUGCUUUUCAAUGAGCUUGGCAAUGACGGCGAGGACGUUCAGUUGACAGACGAAGAACUUAAUGUGGCCAUGCAGCGCUCACAUCCUCUGUCGCGCGCUAAAUGGGACUCUUUCUUCGAUGCAGAGGGUCGACUUUCUAUCACAGUUCAUGAAGUUAAGGAUUACAUAUUUCAUGGUGGGGUGAAAGACAACGAUUUGCGGCGGGAAAUUUGGCUCUAUUUGCUAGAAGUGUUUCCCUGGGAUUCUUCCAUCAAGGAACGACGAGUACUAGAAGAAACUAUGCGCGAUAGCUACCGCAUAAAUUAUAAAUGCAGAUGGGAAUAUCGUGCACCUCAUUCGGACGAAGAGGAGGAAGCGUAUUGGCAUGACCAGGUUUUGCGCGUGGAAAAAGAUGUCAAACGAAACGACAGAGACAUACCGCUCUACAAGUACAACACAGAAAAUGGUAAAGCAGUCGUUGAGCCGGAAGAGUCCCCUUCAAGAGAACUUCAGGACCAUGAAACCUGGACUGUAAAAAAUCCACACCUUCAGAAACUCCGGAGUAUCUUGCUGAGCUACAAUGUUUACAAUAAUGACUUGGGAUACGUGCAAGGAAUGUGCGACUUACUGUCUCCGAUUUACUAUAUUUUGGAAGAUGAAGAGUUGUCUUUUUGGGCAUUUGUGAGUUUCAUGAAUCGCAUGGAGAGAAAUUUCUUGCGCGAUCAAUCGGGUAUUCGCGACCAAAUGUUAACUUUAACGGAUCUCUGCCAAUUAAUGCUACCAAAGAUGAGCGAUCAUUUGGCUAAGUGCGAUUCUUCGAAUUUAUUCUUUUGCUUUAGGAUGUUGAUUGUUUGGUUCAAGAGAGAAUUUGAAUUCGAUGAUGUAUGCAGUAUCUGGGAGGUAUUUUUAACGGACUUCUACUCUUCUCAGUUCCAGCUUUUUUUCAUGCUUGCAAUUUUACAGAAGAAUAGUGUUCCUGUAAUGCAAAAUCUAGAUCAGUUCGAUCAAGUUUUAAAGUUCUUUAAUGAGCUCAAAGGAUCGAUGGACUGGAGCGACCUGAUGAUAAGAAGCGAGCUGCUCUAUGUGAAGUUCAAGAAAAUUAUGGACGUCCUAGAAAGGAGUACAGAACUAAACGAGUACACGCUCUUAUCGACCGAAGGGAAUGUAAUCAAUGAGGCGCCUGCUUCAGAUACGGAGGGCACAUCGAACAAUCGUACCUCCUUGGCCACUGAUAACUUAAAGCAACUGCUGUCUAAGAAAAUAGUAGUGAAAAGGGAGCCUGCAAGAAAAAAGAACUCCGUGAAAUGA